AUGAGAGUGGAUCUUGAAGGAGAAAUUGUAAACAUCAUGAGUGCUUAUGCACCCCAAAUGGGCUGUGAUGAAGAAGAGAAAACGCAAUUUUGGGAAGACCUAGAGGAAGAUCUGAGGGAAAUACUGGAGAGUGAAAGGCUAUGGAUUGGAGGAGACUUCAAUGGCCACUGCGGAAGUAACAACAGAGGAAAGGAGGAUACCAUCGGAAUAUAUGGAGUUGGAGCGAGCAACGUGGCAGGCGAUCAGUUGGUUGACUUUGCUAUGAAUCACAGCCUGCAAGGUGAUCUUGGAAGUAUAACACCAAGGAGGAAACUAAUAGGAGUACAAAGAACAAAAUGGUGGAAAUUGGCAGACAAAGAUACGCAGAGCCAGUUUGUGGUAGCAGCAAGAGACAAGCUACAGCAGAGUGAAAGGGAAGGAAAUAGGAGCUUUGAGGAAGUGACAGAAGACCUGAGAAAGCUAGGAGAAAGACUGUUAGGGAGAACAUCAAGAAAAUGCAAACCUGGAAAAGAGACAUGGUGGUGGAAUGAUGAGGUACAGGAGAGCCUCAAGAGGAAGAAGGAAGCAGAGAAAACCUUAGACAUGGAGAAUGACGAUGAGAAUAAAGAAGUAUACAAGUUGGCAAAGAAAGAAGCAAAGAAGAGUGUUGCCCGGGCAAAGGCAAGAGCAUACCAAGUGGUGUAUGAGGACAUGGAGACCAUCGAUGGACAGAAGCGGGCACUGAGAAUGGCAAAGCAGAGAGACAAGAACUCAAAGGACAUCAACCAGACAAGGAUGAUCAAGGAUGAAAAGGGCAAUGUGUUAGUGGAAAAUGCUGAGAUACUGAAGAGAUGGCAGGGAUAUUUCAACAAACUGAUGAAUGAGGAGAACCCUAGAGAAAGCAGGCAAGAGACCCAGAGAGUCGUGGAGAAAAGGACUUGA